CAGUGACCUUCCCCACCAGCACAGGGGCUGAUUGCCAGACCACAGCGCCAGUGGUAAAUUUUUCACCACAACAUCCAGGGCUGUAAUUUUACAGUUAGGCCCCUUCCAACUGAACAAAGAGCAGGAGUCAGUUCCAGGAAGGGAAACACCCCCUUGCUGCUGCAGGCUGGGCAUAGUGUGAACUCAGGAAUGUGAAACAAAGCCUGUUACAAACUGCCCAGAGGGAGCCAUGGCUGCAGAGAACCCCGUGGAAAGUCUCCAGGAGGAAGCAACAUGUCCCGUCUGUCUGGAGUAUUUCACAGAACCUGUCACUCUGGAGUGUGGGCACAAUUUCUGCCGAGCCUGCAUCGCCCAGUGCUGGGAGGGAUCCAAUACAGCCAUCUCCUGCCCUCAGUGCAGACAAACUGUGCAACAGAGAAACCUCAGGCCCAACAGGCAGCUGGCAAACAUGGUGGAAAUCGCCAAGCAACUGAGUUUACAGGCAGCAAAGGGAAGAGGAGGGGACGGGGUGUGUGGGGAACACCAGGAGGCUCCGAAACUAUUCUGUGAAGAGGAUCAAACCUCCAUCUGUAUGAUCUGCAGAGAGUCCAGGGCUCACCGCGCUCACACUGUGGUUCCCAUACAGGAGGCUGCCCAGGAGUACAAGGAAAAAAUCCAGACCCAAUUGAAGACUCUGAGGGAAGAGCGAGAAAAGCUGCUGGGAUUGAAAGUGACUGGAGAGGGGAAAAGCCAGGAGUAUCUGGUAGGUGCCUGUUGUUAUGAACCAGCAGGGACUGGCAGUGGGAGGUCUGUUUGGAGGCAGAUUCCUGUGUGGCCUUGGUGAAUGUGGGCUUGUGCGUGUUUCUCCAUGACCAUGGAUUACUGAGUUAGAUUUGUGCAUAGACACGCCCUAAGCUUCCAUUUCAGCUGGUCAGUUAAUGUCUCGCUCUUGUG